CCAACCAUUUUUUAAUACUGUUUUUGAUAAAUAUCUGGCAGCAGCCUGGUUUCAUCAUGGAACAUUUCUCUUGACAUUAUUUUUCUAAAGAAUCAUUUCUGUUUCUUUUCAGUCUUUUCUCAAUAGCCAUUUCCUCUUGUUACACGAAAAUAAUGUCGCUCAUUACAGACUCACAGCACCUGAGAAUACCCUUUAUUGAUAUUGAAAGAGGCACCAGAAACUUCAACUUGGCAAACAUUAUUGGAAAGGGUGGGUAUGGAGAUGUUUACCAAGGAGAACUCAUACUUUCUGGUAAACUUACUUCUGUGGCUGUAAAGCGAUUACAUAACCGUGGUCAAGGUGUUAAGGAGUUCUUAACCGAGCUUCAAUUGCUCUCCCGUUAUAAACAUCCAAACCUUGUCCCCCUUCUUGGUUACUGCAAUGAUGACAAUGAAAUGAUCCUUGUUUACGAGUAUGCCCAUAACGGAAGCCUCCAGAGUAACCUAACUAUGGAUAAGACCCCGUUUCCACUUCCAUGGAAGCAUCGAAUCAAUAUAUGCAUCGAGGCAGCCUAUGGUUUGGAUUAUCUCCAUAACCAUGUUGAAGAAAAUCAGAGAGUUAUCCAUAGAGAUAUAAAGAGUGCGAAUAUUCUGCUUGAUCACAAAUGGAAAGCUAGGAUUUCGGAUUUAGGACUUUCGAGGAUAUGUCGUGCAAAUGAAGAUGUAAGUUAUGUCAUUACAAAUCCUUGUGGCACACAUGGUUAUUUGGAUCCAGCCUACAAUGAUACAGGGAUGCUCACAAAAGAAUCGGAUGUUUUUUCAUUUGGGAUGGUAUUGUUUGAAGUCAUGUGUGGCGAGUCUUGCUUGAAGAAUGUAAAUGAUGCAGGACCAUUAACAGCCACACUAGCUCGCAGUUGCUACGAAAAAGGAAAUUUAAAUGAUAUUAUUCAUCCGGAUUUGAUGAAGCAAAUGGACUCCGAUUCGUUGAAUACUUUCUCCAAGAUUGCAUAUGAAUGCUUGCAGAAAGAUAGGACACAACGACCCUCCAUGGGUUUGGUUGUAGAAAAGCUUGAGAAAUCUUUGGAAUUGCAAGAACUUGCGGAUGCAUCGGAAUUACUUGCUGAAGAUUCGGAAUGGCAAUCACAGGAAACUGAGGAAGCAUUGGAGUCACUGGAACUUGGGGAAGCAUCGGAACCACUUGCUGAAGCAUUGGAAUCACAGGCAUUCCCUGAAGUAUGGAAAUCAUCACUUGCCAGAUCAUUGGAAACACAGAGUUAUACCCUAAAAGUGAACAUUCAUUGUAAUGAAUGUAAAAAAAUGGUGACGAAAACACUCCAAAAAAUUGAUGGCGUUUGCACAGUUGGUGUUGACUCGGAACAUGGGAAGGUGACUGUAUUGGGGAAUGUUGAUCCGAAGACACUCCUCAAGAAGCUUGCAAAAAGCGGGAAGCCUGCAGAGAUUUUGGGUACUUCAAGCAUGAAUAAACAAAUUACAAAUCAAUUUAAGAAUGUUGAAAUCGAUAGUUGACAAGGCGAUGAGAAAAACCAACAACAAUACCUCCCUGUGAUAACCCGUUAGUAGAAGAGAGACGAUUUGAGUAAGGGAGGAAGUGAGAGUGGAAAUGUCACAAGAGAUAUGGGAGAGGGGAGCAUCAUUAGAGGUGUAUUAUUUGGUAGUUUAUCUGGAUAAACUGUUAUGCCAUUUUUACUAUUUACAUUAAUAUUUAUAUGUAAUCAUCUUGUGAAAUGAGACAUCAAUAAAGAAAAUAUAUGUAGAUUGUGAUCAUAAUAAAAUGGUGGAAUUGAAAACAAA